CGCUCAUGCUCUCUUAUCGAUCCAACCCUUACAAUCCCGGAUGUCGGUCGGAGCAUAUCAAUCCACAACGGUGAUGUUCGGAAGUGCAGUACCGAUAAGGAAAUGAUUUCGAUGUAACACUCGAGAUACAAAUGAUGAAUAAUGCCGCGCAUGCAGGACGUUCCUCCCAUGAACGACUCCUGCAUCAACCGCGUUCUUUGUAUUCCACGAUGGCAUCCUCCGAGGAAAGAGCCCAGAGCCCAGCGCACGACGGCUCGCUUGCUGGACAUCAUGUCAUUGACGACGCAGCAGCUCGUCGCAUCAUGCGCAAGAUCGACUGGCAUAUCAUUCCGCUGCUCUUCACCACAUACGUCUUCAACUUCAUGGACAAGACGAUUUUGUCAAGUGCCGCAGUGUUCGGCUUGAAGGAUGACAACCAUCUUAUUGGCCAACAAUACUCUUGGGUAUCCAGCGUCUUCUACUUUGGCUAUUUUAUGUGGACCUAUCCUACGACCAUCUUAAUCGCUCGCCUCCCAAUUGGCAAAUAUCUGUCCGCGACUAUCAUUUUCUGGGGUGCAGUCGUUGCGCUGACAGCAGCUUGCUCAAGUUACGGUGGUCUCAUCACUGUGCGAUUCUUCCUGGGAGUGGCUGAGGCCACCGUCACACCUGCAUUGAUGUUCAUUACGACCACUUGGUAUACUCGUGAUGAGAUCCCUAAGAGGACUGGUAUUUGGUUCGCUGGAAACUCUGUGGGAGGGAUCAUAUCGUCUCUACUGGCUUAUGGUAUUGGCCAUAUUGACGAUAGUGUCGGGCCAUGGCGCUGGAUGUUUAUCAUCCUUGGUGUUGCAACGUUCCUCUGGGCAUUCGUCGUCUUUUUCUUCCUACCUGACGGCAUAUCUAAAGCCAAAUUUCUCACCCCAGAAGAGCGACAGUGGGCCAUUGAUCGGGUCGUCAUUGCAGGUACCGGUCAAACAGAAAAGACGGUAUGGAAGUGGGACCAAAUGCUCGAGUGCCUUCAAGACCCGAAGACCUGGCUCAUCUGGAUUAUUGCCCUGCUUUGCCAGAUUCCCAACGGUGGCACUCAGAAUUUUGCCAACUUGGUCAUCACGUCCUUUGGAUUUACCUCUCUUCAAUCAACUCUCAUCAAUAUCCCUUACUCUGUCAUUACUGUCAUUGCUAUCACGGGAACAGGCUGGCUAGCUGGCCGCUUUCGAUCACUGAAUUGCAUUCUUGCUGCUCUCAUUGUUCUGCCUCCAGUUGUUGGUAGCGCCUUGAUUGGCAAGCGGGCUGAUCUCCCACAUGGCGUCUCUCUUUUUGGCUACUUUCUGCUGUCAACUGGACCAUCAGCGCUGCCAUUGAUCCUCUCACUCAUCCAAGUUAAUUUCAAAGGUGUCACCAAGAAGAUGACCAUGACAGCUAUGAUCUUCAUCGCCUAUUGCGCCGGCAACAUUGCUGGGCCUCAACUUUUCAAGUCCUCCGAGGCCCCGAAUUAUCCAACAGCUUUCCGUGCUAUCAUGAUCUGUUAUGCGCUAGUGGUUUGUCUCUGUGUCAUUCUCAGAUUUUAUCUGGCGUAUAUGAACAACAAGAGGCGUCAGACCGAGGGCAUUGAGGGCAGCUCCGGCACCUCUGGUGCAGUUGGUGGUAAGGUUGACGAUGCGACGGAUGGACGGAAUGUGACGGAAGCUGUAAAUGAGGUUCAACUUCGGCCAGAAGACUAUGAUGACGUUACGGAUUGGAAGACUUUUGGUUUCCGAUACCGUCUAUAAUAGUACACGGAUUGAAGGAUAAGUUCGAUCCAAGGGGUUAGCCUCUGUUAGCUUAAUAAUUAAUGCUAUUGCGCAUA